AUGAACUCUUACGAAAAAUGGCGGCCCAUCAAGACAGAUAAAGUCGGUCAGAAUGGUGACUCUAUUACCGAAGUCAACGAGAACAGUCAUGUUGACAAGGUACUCUACCAAGGCGACGUGGUUCUGACAGAGGAGCAAGCUGAGGAGAUCGUUGAAGACAUAGAAGACGAGGUGGCUGGUGCAAAUCGUACAAAACGUCAAGCGUUCAAGGAUCAUAGAUAUCCGAAAAUGUUGUGGUCACAAGGAGUAAAUUACCACUUCAGCAGCAUGGCUGAUGAGAAAAUGCGACGUGCUUUCGUCAAAGGUGCCAAGCUCUGGGAAAAGGAUACCUGCAUCAAUUUUACGAAAAAUCCUUUCGCUCAAGACCGAAUUUUGGUGUUCCCGGAGGAUGGAUGUUGGUCGUACGUAGGAAAACUUGGUGGUGAACAGAAACUGUCAUUGGGAAGAGGUUGUGAAACAACAUCUAUU